CUGGCCAAGUCGGUGUUGUUAUUGCACUGAGCCUACGGGCUGAAGCUACUUGGUUGAUUGGAUCCCUGUCAGUAGCCGGAUGUGUGCGGUCCGACUGGCGGGCUCGUUCGAAGAUUCGAAGCCGCACGGUACUAACAGGUGUCUAUUUGGUAUUGCUGCCUAUGCACCCACAAACACUAGCGAUGACUCGGUAACAGACGACUUUUAUCGUCAACUGAACGCGCUCCGCCAUAGAAAUAGAUCGGGCACUGUAGUGCUGUCUGGGGAUCUGAGCGCUCAAGUUGGAACAUUAUCCACUGAUGAACUGCAUCUGGGCAGCCAAUAUGGUGUAGGCUCCCGUAAUGAUAAUGAUGAGCUGUUACUUUAGUUGUCAGAGGAUACUCGCGUAUUUCUUGCGAGCACUAAUUUUCGACACAGCACCCGCCGAAGGGUGACUUGGAGCCCACCGGCCUCGAACCAGCUAUAGACGCAAACCGAUCAUAUUGCC